AUGUUGAAAAAAUAUAAAAGAAAAACGAAAAAUUCCAAAAAGAAGAAAGGCUCUAAAAAUAAAUGGGAAAAUCCAAAAUAUAAUUUUUACAAAAAGAAGACUAUAAAUUCCAAAGUUAACCCAAUAAUUUUGAAAGAUUCAACAAAGCAAAUGUUAAAUUUUCCUGUUGAAGUAAAACUAGACAUUCUUAAAUUUCUCAAUUUUGACCAACUAUUAUCUUUCCAACAAACCAAUUAUUACUUUUAUUGUUUGAUUAGACAAAAUGAGAGUGUAUUGGCAUGCAAUUAUUUAUUGACAGUAGGAACUGAAAAGGUUAAAUUUAUUUUAUACGGUUUUAAUUGGUAAAAUUGAACUUCGUACGGUAGGUGCUCGUCUUCCACAUCUAAAAUAGCCCCCAUAUAUCUCUCAUUAUCGCUCAAAAUUCACAGAUACCCUCUUUGUCGCUCGAUGUCCACAACUGAACUCUAUCUUCACUUUAAUAACUAAAUCCCCAGAUAUCAUAUUAAUUCUUUUUAAUCAGUGAAUUAUAGGCACUCAACUAUGCCCUGCUUUAUAAACAAAGUUCAAAUACAAUUAUAUUUUUAUGGAGGGGGGGAAGGCUAUAUUAUAGAGGAGGGCUAUUUUAGAGGGAGGCUUUUUCGGAUAGGUGGUUAUUCUAGAGAAAAUACGGUAUUUGAGAACUUUAUUACAGAUUUAUAGACUUUAAAAUUUAUAUUUACUGGGACCAUUGGUUCUAAAAAGCAGAGAUUGGUACUUGUCCCCAUAGAGCAAGAUUUUAUUUGUA